GAGCUUGCGGGGCGCAAGUACUCGGAAGAGCGCAAGCAGAAAUUGGCUCGAACUCGCUGGGGGUCAAUGGUCGUUCCUAUUGAGCUCAAGUCAGACAUUUCCAGGGCACCGUUUCAUUUUGGGAACAGCCGCACGGAGGAGACGGAGAAGAAGAUAAAGGCACGAGGGCAGAUCGCCGACUAUGCUACGAGGAUCAUGCAACGCCAGCACCGGCUGUUCUUAUUCAUGAUUGUCAUCUGCAAGCGUGAGGCGCGGUUCCUGCGUUGGGAUCGAUCUGGUGCGAUUGUCACAGAUGCAUUCGAUUUCGUGAAGAACCCGGAACCGCUGCACACGUUCUUCUACCGUCUCAGCAAGAUGACUCGCGAACAGCACGGGUACGAUCCAACUGUGGUGCCGGCUGAUGCAGAUGAGAUCGCGCUGAUGGAAUCGUACAAAGACAAGCUCCCCCAGGACGAAUACCUCCGCAAGUGUCUCAAUGAUGCUAUGGAGCGCGGCUGGCCUAUCCAAAAGGUGAUGAUGCGUCAAGAGGAUGUGGUCUCUGUAGAAUCCUGGUGCGCCGCUGCGAACAAGGCGGACACGACUGGCUCAACUCCCCCGGACACUUCUCAAGCCUCCUCUGCCUGUGGUGAAUCGUCGCCUGGAUCUUCCUCCGACGCGGGCGUGUCUGAUCCAGGUCCACACGUCUCAAAAGACGCCUGUUUAGCAAGUGCAUCUCCGCCACGAUGUUUCCUGGUUGGCAAGCCUUGCGCAACCAGUGAUUCACCGACAGGGCGCGGGACGAACGGAUACGUCGCAUACGACCUGGCGACAGGCCGCCUUGUGUUCUUGAAGGGUGCGUGGCGCGCAAGGACCGCCAACUCUGAGAUCAAGGUGUACGAAGACCUGUGGAAAGCUGGUGUGCGAUGCAUUGCGACACCCAUCUGUGGUGGCAAUGUGGUCGGGAGUGAUGGUGAAGUGCAGCAAACGGUGACUCAAAAGUACCUGACCGAUAUUCCUGUCCGUAUCCAUUGUCGCCUAGUCGUGGAGGAGAUAGGUCGCCCUCUCGAAGACUAUGAAGGUGGUGAAGACCUCGUGGGAGCCCUCUUGUGUGCUCUGAUUGCCCACCAAGACGCAUGGGAAAAGGCUCGCGUUUUACACCGGGAUAUCAGUGCAAAGAACAUCUUGCUGCAUAUCGAUUCGAAAACGGCUUCUGACGGCUCCAAUACAAUUGCAUUCCUCAACGACUGGGACCUGUGCAGAUAUGAAAAGGAACUGGGGUCUGCUACCCAAUAUGGUCGCUCGGGCACAUGGCAAUUUAUGUCUGCAUUGCUUCUCAAAUUCCCAGGUCUCACUCCUCACAGGGUUUCUGAUGAUCUUGAAUCGUUUGUGCACGUCCUCAACUGGUUCUGUCUUCGCUUUCAUCGCCACGACCAUCCCACGGCGGCCCUCCAACAGCGAGUGUUGUCGCUUUAUGACGUGAGCGAAAAGGACAAGACGAGCAAGGAAUCCAUCGGGGGCGCUACAAAAUUGAAUCUCAUGAAUUCUGGAGUUCCAGCGGCAUCUCUAGAUGAGGACGGGCCAUUGAAGACUCUGCUUGAGGAACUCGCAGUGUUGUGCAAACGGCACUACUCUGGGAUCGACACCAAGGCACUGCAAGCCAAGUUCAGUGGUAGACCGUCAAAGAAAACAUUGAGAGUGGCAUCAAAGCGGCUCGUUAUUCCCGGCGUUGUUCAACCCACGCACGAUGGAGUAGCGUGCGCUUUGCCCAGCGGCCAAGAUGUGCCUCAGAGACAAGAAUCAGAGGUGUUCUCCAGCCAUACAUUGGUCGUGAUAGCUUUUGCCGAUGCACUCCAAGAAGAUGCGUGGGCUGAUGACAAGACCGACGAUCAAUUCGCCAACUUCAAGGUCGGGACUACCAAGGGCCAGUCCACCCUCUCAACCGGGACAAGCUCGCAUUCUGGCUCGAAACGGAAACCAGAGGAAACAGAAGACAUCGCAGAAACUUCAAGCGCGAAGAAAUUCC